UCCUGAGCGCUGAGAGGGCGAGCUCGGGCAACGGGCAAGGCGGGAGCAGGCAGCCGGCAACCGAGAUAGAGGCACAAAGAUCGCAAUAAUACCCGUUAUAACCAGCCGUCUAACCCCAUCCCCCAAUACACACACCUCCAUCCCACCUGCCGGGAGAGGCAGCCUACUCUCUGCGUCCAGGGAAAAAGCCCCAACCAUGAGCAAUCAGUACCAGGAGGAGGGCUGCUCUGAGAGGCCCGAGUGCAAAAGUAAAUCUCCAACUUUGCUCUCCUCCUACUGCAUCGACAGCAUCCUGGGCCGGAGGAGCCCGUGCAAGAUGCGGCUGCUGGGAGCUGCGCAGAGCUUGCCCGCCCCGCUGGCCAGCCGCGCCGACCAGGAGAAGGCCGUGCAAGGCUCCCCCAAGGGCAGCAGCGCCCCGUUCGAGGCCGAGCUGCACCUGCCGCCCAAGCUGCGGCGCCUGUACGGCCCGGGCGGGGGCCGGCUCCUCCAGGGCGCCGCGGCGGCGGCGGCGGCGGCGGCGGCGGCGGCAGCGGCCACGGCCACGGCGGUCCCGCGCGGAGAGGCCCCUCCGCCGCCGGUGCCCAGCGCGCGGCCUGGGGAGCGGCCGGAAGGCGCGGGGGCCGCCGUGGCCGCCGCCGCCGCGGCCGCCGCGGCCGCCGCGACCUGGGACACGCUCAAGAUCAGCCAGGCGCCGCAGGUGAGCAUCAGCCGCAGCAAGUCGUACCGCGAAAACGGGGCGCCCUUCGUGCCGCCGCCGCCCGCGCUGGACGAGCUGGGCGGCCCGGGGGGCGCCGCGCACCCGGACGAGCGUCCCGGCGGUGCCCCGGCGGCGGGUGGCGGCGCGGGCGCCGAGGACGACGAGGAAGAGCUGCUGGAGGACGAGGAAGACGAGGACGAGGAAGAGGAGCUGCUGGAGGACGACGAAGAGGAGCUGCUGGAGGACGACGCCCGCGCGCUGCUGAAAGAGCCCCGGCGCUGCGCCGUGACCGCCACCGGCGCCGUGGCCGCCGCCGCCGCCGCCGCUGUGGCCGCCGAGGGCGGGGAGCUGUCGCCCAAGGAGGAGCUGCUGCUGCACCCGGAGGACGCUGAGGGCAAGGACGGCGAGGACAGCGUGUGCCUGUCUGCGGGCAGCGACUCGGAGGAGGGGCUGCUGAAGCGCAAACAGAGGCGCUACCGCACCACGUUCACCAGCUACCAGCUGGAAGAACUGGAGCGGGCCUUCCAGAAGACGCACUACCCAGACGUCUUCACCAGGGAGGAGCUGGCCAUGAGGCUGGACUUGACUGAGGCCCGAGUCCAGGUCUGGUUCCAGAACCGCCGGGCCAAGUGGCGCAAGCGGGAGAAGGCGGGCGCGCAGACCCACCCCCCGGGGCUACCCUUUCCCGGGCCGCUCUCGGCCACGCACCCGCUCAGCCCUUACCUGGACGCCAGCCCUUUCCCACCGCACCACCCCGCGCUCGACUCUGCCUGGACGGCCGCUGCCGCCGCCGCCGCCGCCGCCUUCCCGAGCCUACCUCCGCCCCCGGGCUCGGCCAGCCUGCCGCCCAGUGGGGCGCCGCUGGGCCUGAGCACUUUCCUCGGAGCCGCAGUGUUCCGGCACCCGGCCUUCAUCAGCCCAGCGUUUGGCAGGCUCUUUUCCACCAUGGCCCCCCUGACCAGCGCGUCGACCGCGGCCGCGCUCCUGAGACAGCCCACGCCGGCCGUGGAGGGCGCGGUGGCGUCGGGCGCGCUGGCCGACCCGGCCACGGCGGCCGCAGACAGACGUGCGUCGAGCAUAGCCGCGCUGAGGCUCAAGGCCAAGGAGCACGCCGCGCAGCUCACGCAGCUCAACAUCCUGCCGGGCACUAGCACGGGCAAGGAGGUGUGCUAAAGGCCUUCCCCCACCCCCGCGCCCCGGGCGCGCCCCGAAAGGUCACCUCACUCAGCACCACUCAAGACCAAAUGGAAACAGAGGACCAGCGCACUCCCGAGAGAGACAGUACUGAGAGCGCAGCCGCCUUCGCAGCAGCUUGGACGCGGACAAGGCAGCCCUUGGCGCCACCGGACGUGGCACCUCCUCGGCUGGCUCUCCUUCCGCCCCUGCCACAGCCCCUGCCCCUUCCAUCUCGCUCCAACUCGAGCGUCCACUCUCUCCCGCUCUCACUUUACAGAAAACAUUGGGGAGGUCUUCUCCCUAAGACGGCUGGUAUUGAAGCUUAAAAAAUUUAAAAGCCCAGCCUCUCUUACUCCUGACACACGCUUCCCCCCCCCCUUAUUGUUAUUUUUCAUUUUUUAGUAGCAUUUUGGCGCUCUAAGUUGAUCUCCUCAACGCGGGCCCGGCGUGAAGCCUGGGCCAGGAAAGCGAGUCUGUAAGAUAGCUAACAGUGCACUUAAAGGAAAGGGGCGUCUUGUUCUUGUUCUCUUCUUUAUCAUACACCAACCAAGGUUUUUAUAUCAAACCAAAGGGAAAUACUCUGCUAGAAUAUGGACUGUUGAAGUCACCAAACUGUGAUUAUUGAUUCUGUACAUACCAUUGUUAUUAAAAAAAAAAAAACAGAGCUUUGUAUAUUUGAAAUGUUAUAACGCAAUUGCACUCAGCGUGGUAUGGUAAAAGUUUGUCCUCCUGUAGAUU